AUGAACGAAAUCAAUCACAAAACCGUGUUUGUGUUAGACCACACGCCUUACUUCGGCAUAUCAUGCGAAAGUCCGAUCGAUUGCGAUUUUAUUAAAAGCAAAGUUCCGGUGCCACCGAUCAGCAAGAGCCUGUGGACGUGUGCGGUGGAAGCUUCCGUAGAGUACUGCAGGAUUGCGUACGAUCUCUUUCCCGUGGGGAAAUUGAUACGUUUCGUAGUGAGUGAUACGGCGGCACAUAUUGUGAACACAUGGAACACGGGCACCCAAACCCUGACGCACAUAUUGAACGCGAUGACGAUGGUGGGUGUACCGCCACGGCAAACGCAAGCAUCGGACUACUCGGUAAUUCACGGUUUACGAGCUGCUAUCGAAGCACUGGCGGAACCGACCGAAUUCCAGAAGGAACAACUACUCGCCCAUGCAAAGAGCGAUAAUGCUAAGCUGUUGAAUCGGGGCCGCGUAAUUUGCAUUACGUCUGCUCGGGAUGACGCUAGCAUGAAGAGCUUGGAGGACAUUUUCCGCACGGUCCUGGUACAGCAAAAUACGUUAGCCGGCCACAAGGAUUACAUCAGCAUUGACCAGUGUCAUCUCGUAAUCAUCAAUCUAUAUCCUGCCAAUAUGGAAUCAAUGGUUUCGAACCGUGCGCUGAUCGAUAUAUCGCCCAUACUGAUGUCGGAGAUACACUCGAACAAGGCGAACAACAUAUCGAACAAGCUGACAAAUCUCAUUCUGCCACACUUCGAUCUAGCAAGCACAACGGUUACCGGGAUACCGAUGAAGGAAGAGCAAAACGCCAGCUCCAGUGCUAACUACGAUGUGGAAAUAUUUCACGGACGUACGGCUCACUCGGUGUUUCUCGGUACGGAGCUGGUGCUACCGCAUAGCUUAAAGGAUGGUUCGGACUAUGAAACAGUCACGCUGAAAUGGUGCACGCCGCGCAGCUGUGGUUCUUCGGAAAUGCAACCCUGUCUGGCGCAGUGUCGUGUCACACCGGUCGAUGUAACCUCCCGACCAAGCUCAUGUUUAAUCAACUUCUUGCUAAGUGGCCGGUCGGUGUUGCUGGAGAUGCCGAAGAAAUCGGGUGGCAAAAUUACAAGCCAUUUGCUGUCGGCUCACGGAGGAGAAAUUUUUAUUCACUCGCUCAACACCGCCCGAAGCUGUUUGGAAGAUCCGCCCUCCAUAUCGGAAGGUGGUGGUGGCCGUGUAACGGACUAUCGUAUAAAAGAUUUUGGUGUGCUAAUGCAGCAACAUCGCUUAGUUCCGCUGAAACCAAUGCCCGAGCGACAAUCGGACGAAAAUUUGCAAAAGAUGCGGACAAAGCUUUCGCGAAACUCACGCUACUGGCCACUAACGCUUGGUCGUACGGUGCUUUACAAUGUACGGCACUUUAUGGAACCUUUGCUAUUACUCACGCAAAAACCGGAACUGACCGAGGACGAAAAAAUGAUGUGCCUGAAGUCGAUUUACAAUUUGUCACAGCUGGAAGAACGACAGGAAUCACUUGUUCUACCCAACAUGGGACAUCGUUUGAAAGGAAACAAAAAAGAAGAGCAGUACAGACUGCUCUGGUCGGAACUGGAAACAAUCGUCAACUUUAACGGGUCGUCGCCCAACCAUAAGGCCAUCGUAAGCUGCAUUCGCGAAUGUCGUCGCUUGUACCCGAAUGCGGAUGGUAGCGAUCCGUAUGACAAAUCGCACGGUACAGAUAGUAACGUGACGGAUGCACACCGUGCCAGUGUAAUUCGGGCGACAACCGAUUCACCGAUGUCUCCACCACAUUCGAUGAGUGGCAGCAGUAGUGGUACGACCGGUAGUGGUAGCAGUGGUGUUGCUGGAGCUGUAACAGGCGAUUCUUCCUCUGGAACGGUCGCUAUUGGUGCGAGUAAUGCAAAUGUUACCGGUGUAGUUAGUUUGCUCGGAGGAACAACACGGGGAGGAGUGGCGGGCAGUAAGAAAAGCUUCGGUUCCGGAGGACGCUCUUUGUUAGACGCGUUGGCUAGUACGGAACGAGCGAUCAGCCAAAAACGUAUCGAUUUCAGUGGUCGCCUUUGUACGCCAUCAGGACAGAUCGCGAAACUGUAUUCGCAUCUAGGUUCGAAAGAUGCAGAAGGUGCUCAAGGUACUAGACCGGCGGAUGUAAAAUAA